CACUCACCGCGCCCGGCGCGAGCCCAAUGGAUAACGCCUCUGUCUCUGUCUGCUCGCGACCUCUUCCUCCGCCCAAAUUGGCCUCCCUUCUGCCCUAGUCCAGGCGAUCCGCCAUUAGAAUUCUGCAUCAGCGGACUCCUCGGCGUCUCCAUGAAAGCAUCCUUGCAGUUCCGGGACGAUCGGAGUCCCCUUUUGCGGGCAAAACUCCCCCUCGACGCCCUCGGCAUCCCCUUCCUCUCCUCCUUCGCUGCCGGCGACCCCCAGGACCUCCGCCUCGAUCUCAGCACCAGCUUCCGUGUCGGCCCCAUCGUCCGCUUGUCGUACCGCCCCAACGAUGCCCGGAGCCCCUUGUCUUUCGCCCUCAAGAUCGGCGCUGGCGAUUUCGGCUCCCCCGUCGCUGCCCCCGUGAGCAUGUCCGUCGAGUUCACUCCUCUUGUCCGUGGAGGCGUCCCUUUCUUCACCGUCGUCUUCAAGCCCCGCCUCGGCGAUUUCUGCCUCAAGAAGACUGCCCGAUCGGGAUUUGCCUCCGCGCCUUCGCCUCUGGGCCGCCUUGAAUCCGUCGCGCCGGAGAACGGAUUCCACGAGGGCAAGAUGGCCAACGGGUUCGCCCCGUCGGCAGCCUCUGCCAUCAGUGUUCACGGUCUGCUGUCCAGCACGGAGCUCCGAGCAAGCACCGCCCUCCCAUUGCGGAGAGGCGCGUCGAUGAGGUUCCGGUGGGGGGUCAAACUGCCAGCGGAAAUCGAAAUGGGGGUCAACGCCGACCACGCGGCCAGGGCCCAAAUCUCCUUCCGACGACUUCCGCAGCUCGUGAUGAGCAAGAUCACCAUCGAGCACGUGAUGGGAGAUAACAAAUCAAAGGAACGAAACGGCAAGGCUGCUACGGAGGAGGCGGAGGCGUGGACUCCGGUGAAACAGCAGCUGGAUUUGCUGCGAGCGGAUAAUGCCGUUCUGAAGAGAGAAGUGCGCGAGCUCUGCGUCGAGGUGCUCGCCAAAAGGGAGGUUCCAGCGUCCAGCGAAGCGAGAACCGCGGGUAGCCAGAGGAACCUCGAACGAGGCGGCGCCAAGAUCGAGCCGAAACAGUCAGCACCGCCACCGCCGGCGGAGAAGCGGACUGAAGCAAAGUCGGCCUCCAUCGGCAACAAACCUCGAGAGGACAACGUGAACGACGAGCUGAAAAAGGCGCUGAUGGCGGCUACCUCCGGCACCGGAAAGUGAGUGAAAACGUCGAACGAUGAUGUAGAGAGAAGAAAUUUGUAUGCGCAUUCAGCGAUUACAUGAUUUGUUAACUACAAAUCAAAUUCACGGUGGCACCUUGUCAUUAUGUUAAUUUGCAAACAAUAUAAAGAGGUAUAUUCCAACUUUUUUUAA